AUGAGUGCCUCCGUCCAUAUACGCCUCCCUCCCGCCUCUUUUUUCAAGUUCCCUCCUUCUCCUCUCCCAGAGACCAUCCCACCGCCCACAGUUGCUGAGCGCACAUGGAAUCAACCCUUCAACAUCUCCACAAGCCUCUAUCGCAAGCUUCUAGAACCCCAGGUCCCCCUGACCGUUGCCGCCAUCUAUGCUACAACCGUCGUCGCAAUGAACUAUGUCAAUAAACAGAGGGGUAACAAACCAUGGGCCUUUAGCAAGACGAGAGCCUUCAAGCUCUUUGUCAUCCUCCACAAUAUCUUCCUGACCAUCUACUCUCUUUGGACUUUUGUCGGCAUGGUCCGCACCUUCUACCUGUCUUGGCCUGAACGAACUGAGAAGCACAACCUCGUGAGGAUCGUCGAUAUGCUCUGCAAAAUCAACGGGCCCCGUGGCAUGGGCAAUGCUGCUGUGUAUGAUCGCAACGCUGAAAAAUGGACUAUGACCAGCCCGCUAUACACACUAAGCCCAGAGGGUGUUCCCGAUCCCACAGACCUCGGCCGCCUUUGGAAUCAAGGAUUGGCCUUCUUCGGCUGGCUUUUCUAUCUUUCCAAGUUCUAUGAGGUUCUCGACACCGCCAUCAUCCUGGCCAAGGGAAAAAAUAGUUCAACUCUCCAGACCUAUCACCACGCUGGCGCAAUGAUGUGUAUGUGGGCUGGAAUUAGAUACAUGGCCGCCCCUAUUUGGAUCUUCGCCCUCUUCAACUCUGCCAUUCACGCUAUGAUGUAUUUCUAUUACACAUUGACUGCACUAUCCGUUCGAGUGCCUGUUGGCAUCAAGCGCAGUCUAACCACCAUGCAGAUCACCCAGUUCUUGAUUGGCACUACCUUGGCCGCUUCCUAUCUUUUCAUUUCCUAUACAUUCCCAGUUACUGUUCCGCAUCCGGUUGCUAUGAGACCCCUCGCUUCCGCCAUACCCGGUGCCGUGGCUGCCGCGCCAAACAGCACUGCUGGUGGUAUGGGUCCUUGGCUCAAAAAGCUGGCUCUUCGCGCAGCUGGAGCUCAAGGUGUUGCCGAAAACGUCCUCAAUACGGAUGGAAAACUAUUUGGCGUAGAUGGAGGUCAAGCAGCCCAGGCUGUUCUUGGGAAGCAGGAAAUCCGGAGUGGCUUGGAGCCUCGCACCUUCACCUGCCUAGAUACCACUGGUCAAGCCUUCGCGGUCUCGCUCAACGUCAUCUACCUCCUGCCUCUGACCUUCCUCUUUGUCCGCUUCUUCGUGCGCUCCUACCUCCACCGCACUGAACAAGGCGGCAAACACCAAACCCACGUGCACGCCGCUGAGAAGGCCGGCAUGGAUGCUUUCAAGGGAGUUACCCGUGAAAUCCGGAACGCCGUGAUCGAAAUGCACGGCGACGACGGCGGAGCUACCGACGUGGUAGAUGAAUCUGGCACUAGCACCCCACACCCGGAAGCCUACGAAGCGAACAUCGAUAACAUCAUGACUGCCAAGCAGCUAAAAGUUGAGAGGCGGACCGCUGCCAUUGAUCCCCACCCACGCGGACCACAUUUAGCGGCUCCCUCAUAUGCUGCCGUUGCCGUAGAAGGAACAGAGGCAACAUCAUCCUCCACAUCAUGA